AUGCCUCCUCACGCGCCUUCCUUCGAGAAGAGCUGCUCCGGCGACCGGCAAAGGCAGGAGGCAGGAGGGCAGCUGCUGCGAGGCCCGGGGCAGCGGUCGGCGUCGUUCCACGGGCGCGGGGCGGAGCAGCGGCACCAGCUGCCAAAGCAGAGGCCCAAGACGCAGCCGGACCUGCUCGCCGGCGUUAGGGGCAGGAGCUUCCGCGCCGCCGACGGCGGCGAGCCGCUGGCGGAGCUGGCGGUCCGGAGGACGCCGAGCAAGGUGCUGGUGAACGUGACCGUGCAGAGGAGCCUGUGGCCGCUGAACGUCAUGGCGUCGGCGGAGUGGAGCGUGGCGGACCUCGUGGCCGCCGCCGUGGGGAUCUACGUCAAGGAGGGCAGGCGGCCCUUGCUGCCGUCGACCGACCCGGCGACCUUCAGCCUACACUACUCCCAGUUCAGCUUGGAAAGUUUGGACCCGAGGGAGAAGGUGAUGGAGCUAGGGUCCCGGAGCUUCUUCCUGUGCCCCAGGUCCUCUUCGGCCGCCGUCCAGACCUCCUCAUCUUCCUGCUCCUCCGCCGGCGCAAGCGGUGUCAGGAACGCCGGGGAGGCUCCUACGUCAGCAGGCGAACCGCCGGCCUGGCUCCGGUACAUGCCGUUCUGGCCGACCAUGUAG